AUAAAUUAAGAAGAGUACAUUAUUCUAGAGUGAGAAUACGUGCCCAUUUCUCUAGACACAAAGAACUGAAAAUGGCUUCUCUUUUCCAUCUUCCUUCAUCUCUCACAUUCCGCAAAAUCUGUCACUCUCCCAUCAAAGCAUCACAUUCUCAUUCCAGAAUUUCAGUCAAGAAUGAAAACCCACUUCCAAAAUUAUCCAAAAUUUCAGAAUUUUCAUCAAAGGCUUUGAAUUUCUUGCUUUCUGGUUCUUUAGCUCUUGCUCUUUCACUAACAGGAGUUGGUAUUGCUGAGGGAAAGGUUGGGGUGAACAAGCCGGAACUGCUUCCUAAGGAGUUUACUUCAGUUAUUGAUGUUGCUGGCUUUCUCUCGGAUGGUCAGGAGAAAAGACUUGCACAAGAGAUCACAGAUAUAGAAAAGGAUACUGGUUUUAAGCUGAGAGUUUUAGCUCAGAAUUACCCUGAUACGCCUGGAUUAGCUAUUAAAGAUUAUUGGCAAGUGGACGACAAGACUAUAGUUUUUGUUGCUGAUCCUACAUUUGGAAACAUACUGAAUUUCAACGUUGGAGCUACUGUGGAUCUCGAUAUUCCACGUAGCUUCUGGAGCCGUUUGGCAGGGACAUACGGAAACAUGUUUUAUUGGAAAGAAAAGGGUGAAGACGCGUCUAUUGAGGCUGCUGUUAUGGCUAUAUCAAGCUGCUUGAGAGAACCAGUUGGUCCGAAUAAUUGCUCAGAGGUGAAGUAAUAUCCGCGUGACACUGUAGAGCUUGUUCCAUUUUUCAAUUGAUCUCUGUACAACAUAUUUGUCGAUAAAAUGUACAUCGAAAGAUGAAUGAUCAAUGUAGUGUUAUACAAUGUAUUUUCUUACUGUCAUUGUAAAGAAAAGGAAAAGGAUGAAAGAAGCUAUAGACCAUUUAUUUUCUGGAAUUCGAACUUGUGAUAUUGGCUCCAUUGAUGGAGAAAUUGCAUAUUUUAGAGAAAAUUUCACACUG